AUGGUUGUUGUUCAUCAAACAAAUCCCGAACAACAACAAGAAAAUCCCGAUGAACGUACCACCGAAUUAGUGUUUUACAUCAUUGAUGGAUGUUUGGCCAUUGUUUUUUUAUUGUGUGCAUUGUUUUAUGUGAUUUUAUUCAUUACCAAACGAAGUAGUUUGACGAAAAGAUUUUUGAUGGAAAAUAGUGUUCCGAGUAUGUCGAUUAUCAUGUUGGUGUUUUGUUUGGUGAAAUCCAUUCAUGUAGUGUGUCCAAUAUUUGAAUUAUUGGACAAUAAGAUUGCAACUUUUGUGUUAACAGUGGUACAAUUUGUGACGCUCUACAUUACAACAUUUCUAUUAUUUUCCAUCUCAUUAAUUUCUCUCUAUUAUGGAAUUAAGCAAUAUACAGUGAAUGGAAGUGUCAUCUCACAACGAGGAUUAUUUUUUUACAAAAUAUUAUUCACAAUAUUGAUUACUUUUAACGCAAUUUUGUUGAUUGGAUCUUUUGGAUUUUCUAUUGGAGAACACACUUGGAGGACAUUCUUCAAGGAAGAGGAACAACAAUCGUUGGCAGAUGUUGCAUUUUAUGUCUUUAUUGGAUGUUACUCGUAUCAAUUUCUUGUGCAAGCAUGUGUAGGUCUUUAUGGAAUUGCAUUCCAUGUCUUUAAUGGGAAAUACAUUCUAUUGGAUGACUAUAUUGCUCGUAAAUGCACUCGCUCAUUUUUGGGAAGUUGUGUUGGAGUUUCAUUUUCAAUGGUCAUUUUCAUGGCCACCAUUCUCACCGUUCACACUCUCGAUUUUCAAAAUGUGUUGAGAGAAUCUUUACCCUUCUUUACACUCGCAGGUGAUUCUGUGUUGGCUUUCUUGACCGUGUGUCUCGUAUUGGUUUGGGGACCAUUAAAUCCAUCUCUUUCGAGUCUGUAUGCAUCCAUGCAAGGAGCAAUGGAGAGACGAAGCUUAAUUGAUGAGCACUCAAAAAGCUCACUGGGAAGCUCGAGUAGCAGUACACUCAAUCAUGCAAGAUCAUCUGUAAAUAGAAUGUAA